AUGAAUCCUCAUCAGCAGAACAAGAUUGAUACUAGCAAGUUGAGUCCCGAUGAGCAGCGCCUGCUGCGCCUCUAUGGAAAAAUGCCCAACAAGAAAGAUCUACUCCAGAACAAGCUCAAGGAGCGAAAGUAUUUUGAUUCGGGGGAUUAUGCUCUGAGCAAAGCCGGAAAGGCCUCAGAUGUCGGUGUGACCAACAUCGGCUCACAACACCCAGUUCCUGAAAAUAUUCCUCAUCUAACCGCUACAUCGCCCGGUGCGAACAACCCUAUGGCCGCGGGCAAUAACGGUGGCAGCAUUUCCGCUCAGGGUGGGCAGCAUAUUCCUGGCAGUAUUAGCAGCCAUCCUGGGUCUGUUGGCUUCCAGAGUCGGAGCCCCAUUAAGGAAGGUAGCUUCCUUCAACGCGGAAGAAGCGUGGAUGAGUCUGAAAACGCACCUGAAGCAACCGAAAAUAAAGACCAGGAUGAGGCUGUAAGCCCGCCUCCUGCUACCGAGGGCGUCCCCAUUCGACGAUGA